AUGGAACCUGAACGCAGCUCCGACCCGAGAGCUACGUCGCAAGUUCAGAAGCAGCCGGCCAAGAGAGAUGCGUUUGCAGAGCUUCUCUCCCCCAAAAGCAAACAACCGAAACAUAGUAGUGGGGGUUUAUCAAAAGACAUCCAAAGGAAGGUCUACGGAGUCUACAAACCUCGAGAUGGGUUAGGCACCUACAUCGCGAAACCGGAAACAUAUCCGCCGAAUAUCGUUGUGUACUACAAUGACGACUUUGUCGUUAUCCAGGACAUGUUCCCCAAGUCCACGGUGCACCUUCUUCUCCUCCCACGCGAUCCUGAAAAGACCCGUCUCCAUCCGGUCGAAGCGUUCGACGAUGCCAAAUUUCUGGAAAAGGUCAAGCUCGAAGUAAACAAUGUUUGUGCAUUGGCUGCAGGUGAACUUCGCCGAAAACACGGAAAAUACUCGGGCGGUGAUAGAGUGCGACAAGAGGCGCUUGAUGCCGAACCGCCGCUUGAGACAUUGCCUGUAGGAAGGCACUGGGAGCAGGAUAUCAUGUGCGGAAUACACGCGCAUCCAUCGAUGAACCAUCUGCAUGUUCAUGUUAUCUCUGUAGACCGCUACAGCGACCGUCUCAAGCACAGGAAGCAUUACAAUAGCUUUUCUACGCCAUUCUUUAUCGACAUCAAUGAUUUUCCCUUGACAGAGGAAGACCCACGAAGAGACCCAGAUCGACAGGGCUAUUUACGAAGAAGUUUAAUAUGUUGGCGUUGUGGCCGGGACUUUGGAAACCAGUUUACUGCGCUCAAGAGACACCUCGAGGAAGAAUUCAACGAAUGGAGGCAACUAUGA